GUCGAUGAUGCAAUUUUUGCUUCGUGGUCUGUUUUUCGCACUCCUUGCGUCUGCUGAUGCGCAGACGGGAGGUGAGGAACACACACACUCAGAGGAGAGAUGGACAGAUGCUGACUGACCUUCGUGUCGUGUGGCGUUCAGAUGUACAGUACGGCGGCGUCACGAAGCUUGCGGCCCAGCAGACCCGGGAUGCCCUUGAGAGGGGCAAAAAGAGUCCCAUCGACAGCACUUUGCGCGCCCUCGGCCAGACCACCCGCAAGGGUGCUGAGCUGUCGGCCUUCAUCCCCUCCUCCCUGCACCCGGCCACAAGCGACUCCCUCGUCAUGCGUGUCCAGGACGGCCGCGUCCUCAUCGACGCCGUCGCCAAACACGACGUCACGAGCUCACUCGAGAAGGAGAUGAGGGAGGUCGGGCUCGAGAACGUCACCGCAUUCGGCAAGUACGUGUCUGGCUGGCUCCCUGUCGGCUCAAUCGCCCGGCUGGAGAGGCUGUCAUCGCUCCACUUUGUCGGCCCCGCGGCUGCCAUGACAAUGGCAGAGCUGUCAUUGCGAUUGGAGGGGUUCAAUACGGACAGAGCCGCGCAGCAGCAGGGGAGGUUGCGCGGGGCAGCGGCGAGUGAGAGCGAUAACAAUCUGGUGGCAGAGUCACAGAAGGGCAAGGUGAUGAGCCAGGCGCACCACGCCAUGCGGACCGACGUGCUGAUGAACAAGCAUGGUCUGAACGGCAUGGGCGUCAACAUAGGCAUCCUCUCGGACAGCUACGACAACUUCAAUCCCGCCAGCGGCUCCCCGCGGACCAGUGCCAAGAAGGACAUUGCCAACCACGACCUCCCUCCGGAUGUCAAGAUCUUGGCAGAGGGGCCCAAGGGCAUCGAUGAGGGCCGCGCCAUGAUGAACCUCAUCUACGACGUGGCGCCCAAGGCCAAGCAGAUCUUCCACACGGCCUUCAACGGCGUGGCGUCGUUUGCGUCAGGCAUCAAGAAGCUGCAGGAGGCCGGUGCGGACAUCAUCGUCGAUGACGUCAUCUACUUUGCUGGUGCGACACUCACGGGCCAGUGACCAUCUCUCUCUCUCUCUCUCUCUCUCCCUCCCCCCUGACGCGUGUGUCAUGUGUGCAGAGCCCAUGUACCAGGACGGCGUGAUUGCUCAGGCAGUGGAUGACGUCAAAAGCAAAGGCGUGGCCUACUUCUCCAGUGCGGGCAACAACGGCCGGUCGGCAUAUGAGUCGGCCUUCCGCAAGAGCGGCAAGAAGGGCUUCGCCGGCCAUCGCCACGACUUCGACCCGAGCGACGACAAGGUGGUCGACCUGCAGCGCGUCAAGAUCCCCGAGGGCAGCCGCGUGCUGGGCGUCUUCCAGUGGGUGGACCCCUUCUACUCGGUCAGCAACAAGGAGAACGGGGGCGCCAAGACCGACAUCGACGUGGUCAUGUACAACGCGGCCGGCCAGCGCGUGUCGUUCGGCGGUGUCAAUGGCAACAAGGGGGGCGACCCGGUGGAAAUAUUUGAGUACUUCAACGACGGCACGGUCGAUGCCGACGGCAAGAAGGGGCCCGACAGCAUCUUCUACCUCGGCAUCGAGCUCUUCGAGGGCCCGCCUCCUCCGGCCAUGAAGUACAUCCUCUUCUCGUCCUCUGGCGUCGAUGUCUUGGAUUUCUACACCCACUCGGGCACCGUCUACGGCCACGCCAACGCCAUGGGGGCGUGUGCCGUGGGGGCGGUCUUCUACAAUGACACGCCACCCUACUCCUCCAACCCGCUGAAAAUCGAAAAAUUCUCCUCCGCAGGACCACAGCACAUCUUCUUCAGGAGCGAUGGCAGCAGGCUCAAGGAAUUCCAAUACCGGGCCAAACCUGAUGUUGUCGGACCGGUAGGUCAUCAGGCGAUACAGCAGCGAUGGGCGCUUCUCUGAUUGACAUGUGUGGUGUGUGUGUGUGCAUUGUGUGUGUGUGUGUGCAUUGUGUGUGUCUCAGGAUGGCACCAACACGCCAUUCUUCAUCGAGGGCAUGGACCCUGAGAAGGACGGAAACCCAAACGUGAGAAGACAGACCAGCGCCUCCCUAUAUGUUAUGUGUGUAUGUGCAACCCGUGUAUGUCUCACGCAUCCCUUCUGAACAGUUCUUCGGCACGUCAGCAGCGGCGCCCAACGUGGCAGCGGCGGCAUCUUUGCUGCUGCAGGCCCACCCCAAGCUAGCGCCGGGUCAGGUGUACGAGGCCUUCAAGCAGUCGGCCACCGACAUGAACGACCCCAACACAAAGACGCAAGACAAGGGAUUCGACCACGGGACGGGAUUCGGACUCGUCAACGCCGAGAAGGCACUCAUCCAUAUCAGAACCAGUAACCGACCGACCGACUUAAGGCGUACUUGUGUCUGUCUCAACUUGUGUGUACUGUGCUGUCUCUGGUGCAGAGAUAUUGCCUCAGGGCCCUGGCAGGAAACAGCCGCCGGGCAAGGGAGGGAAAGGCGACCCACCGAAGAAGAAGCAGGAGCCGAAGCCUGUGGCCCCCCCACCCAAGAGGCGGCCAGGUGGCGAACAACCGCCACACCAUCCGGGCGGCCCUCCAGCACACAAACCUGACGGGCCACGGCAGCACCAGCAGCAGAAGAAGCAGUUGCAGGCGGGAAGCAUGGAGGUGGAUUCGACAGUGGACGAUGCGAUGCUGGCCAGCACAUAAAUAGGGGCUGGGGGGCGUUGUGUCGGUCGCUCGUGGGUGGUGGGUUGUUUGUAGUGGGUAUGUACCUGUGUAUGGUAUGUUGGUUGAUACGGUAGUUUGUGUGUGUAUGGAUGGACAUUUUCAACGACCAGGGAGGGAGGGAGGGAGGGACACAUACAGGAUGGCUCAGAUAGAAGCCUCCCAGGGUGGUUUUGCCUUCGUGUGCGCGUGUCUAUAUAUAGGUAUGCUGUCUGUGAGUCCAGUGCCCUCUGUCUCUGUCUCUCUUUCUAGUACCGACCUACCCAUCGUAUUUAUGUGACCGCGAUGCGGCUGCAUGGCGAGGCAUGAUGGAUAUCCAUCCAUCUAUCCAUGUUUGUUUUUGGAUAUGUUGUUUGCAAGACAAGACAGGCUGGCGCUUUUGGACUCCAUAUACCACACCACACCCAGCCGACGACAGCUCAGCUGGCAGCCAAGUGCAGUGCUAUCACGUGCACACAAUAGUAGCUAGCGGCCACGCAAAGGAGCUCUCAAUUUUAGCUCUGCCCCUGCUUCGUAUUAUCUGUCUGUCUGCCUGCCUACAGCUGCCUGCCUGUGUGUGUGUGUGUGUGUUCGCACAAGUGUGGCAUGCCCCCAUGCGUUCAUUGCGGGGCUCUCUACUGGUGUGCGUGGUGCGUCGGGUGCGUGGUGGCUGAGGGGUGCGUGUCUGUGUUGUAUGUGUGUGUCUGUAGGUGUGCGGGGUCUCGCAGGCCUCUGUCCUCGGUCUGUCUGUCUGUCUGUUGGUAUGUAUCUGUCUAUCUCUCUCGCAGUGACUCUUUGUCGCGUCCAUCCAUCAGUGAGUGCGUCGUGUGAUGAGCUGCAGCAUACCCCAUGAGUAGAUACAGAUAUUUAGACGGUCAUGUGAAAGAAUGGAAUGCCA